AUGAGGGAGAAGAGAGCUGAAGACGAAUUCGCCCUGGGAACUCUCUUCCGGACGAGCCUUCUGUGGCAGACGAAGGAAUUCUUCAACAAUUCCACCCUUCAUGGCGUUCGUUACAUCGCCGAGCACGGAAGACCGUUCAUUGAGAGAUUUAUGUGGUUCUGCUUCACUGCAAUCGGCGCAGUUGCGGCAUUCAUCAUCAUCGUGAGUCUCUGGGAGAAAUUCCAGACCAAUCCCACGAUCACCGGACUCGACACUGAUUUCCACACUCAGCACGUCAUCUUUCCCACAAUCCUCAUCUGCCCGCUCGAGCCUUUCGACGAGACGAAGGCCAGGGAGUUCGCCGAUGAGAAAAUGGACAGGAUCGGACUGGAGUUCGGGCAGUUUGAGGACUUCCUCAAGAGUCUCACGAAGCUGUCGUAUGCCAAUCUGGACGAGGCUGUGAAGGCUAGCGAGGAAAUCCUCAGUGAUAGUAAUCUGGAUGAAUUGUUUCUCAGAUCGGCUGCCUUCGGCUCAAGCAUCUCCUGCCCUGAUCUGUUCGUCUCCUGUGAAUUUCGCGAUGAUCCAAUUGAGUGCUGCAAGAGUUUUCUGCCCAAGUUCACCGAGCACGGCUUCUGCUACGCCUUCAAUCCGCGCUUCCGCGAGACCGAAACCACCGUCGAGCGCUACGAUCUGCAGCACGAGCUCCUGGAGACGGACAGGAAGUGGGCAAUUCACUUCGCCCUCCAGCGCAGUGCCGCUGUCUUCGUCCACGCUCAAUCCGAACUCUCCGGCUGGGACUUCCGACCGCAGCUCGAGUGGCGCACGGACUUCUCCUCGGACAUCCUCAUCACCAUGAAGCAGACCUACACGACUGAGGAGGCGCGACAGCUGAGCAUCGGUCAGAGGAAGUGCAUCUUCCCGAAUGAGGUGAGAAUCAAGAACUUCCCCUUCGACGAGGAUUACACCUUCACGGGAUGCAUGAUGGAUUGUCGCAUUGAGAAGGCAGUGAAGCUGUGCAAGUGCUUGCCGCCGUUCUACCACUCAAUUCCCGGCUCCCUGACGCCCUACUGCACAGCAAAGGAUCUUUCUUGUCUCUCGCGUUUCGCCAGGAACAUUACCCAGAUCACGGAUUGCCGACAGUGCGAGCUGAGCUGCCUCAACACGGUGUACGAUGUGGACAAGCUGACGAAGGCGUCGAAUGCCGAGUCCGCGCACGACGGAGGCGCUUACAUUAACGUGGAAUACCUCACCUGGCCGAUCAUCCGCUACAAGAGGGAAGUGCUCUUCGGCUGGGUGGAUCUUCUGGUGUCGUUCGGCGGCAUCGCCGGACUGUUUCUGGGCUUCAGCUUGCUCUCCGGCGUGGAGAUUCUCUAUUACUUCUCGCUGAGGGCGUUCUGCAUGAUCUACAAGGAUCGCCAAGUGCUUGAAGACAUUGAGCAGGAGAAGGCCAACAGACCACCGCAGCGAGUCAACUUGAGUCUCAAGAUGGGAAAGGGAAAAAGUGAGCCACAGGAGGCAAAAACGCCGCCAAAACACGCCAUUAAGCUGAGAAAACACGAGAAACGACUCAAAAUCACCCCAUUUAAGCAAUCCCACAUCUCAACCAUUCACUUAAGCCAGGCACAGGGUGAGAAAUCACUCAAUUUCCCCUAUCUCCCAUGAGAAGCACGGAAUUCUUCACACACAAAGACACAGUGAGUGGAAGGAGAC